AUGACGCGUGCAGCUGCUCUGGCUGGGUUUAUUGCCCUGGCCGCUGGCCAGGGCCUUGCUUUGCCCAUGGAGACCACUCCGCACAUGGAAUGGGAAGAAGCAGCAGCUGAGGCUCAGCGCGCCGCUGCUGCAUCAGUGGAUGAGGCAAUCAGCGGCAUGACAACUCAGGGCAUGAGCAUCCCAAUGUCCCGCAUGAUGAGCACCACUGAGACAACCCCCCAACAGGGUGCUGUCCAGGAGGCAGUUUUGGAUGCGAUUAUGAAGGAGGUUCAGACGAUUAUCAAAAACACUCUGACAGUUCCCGGCUGGGACACCAUGGAAUCAGCCACAGAUACAGUCAAGCAGAUAGUUGAGAAAGUAAGGGAGCGACUCACCACGAGCAUGAAUGAGACUGAGACUGGCCGAGCCACUAUGAACACGGCUACAGCCCUCCGGGGAGUAACCAACGAUUUCUUGAAAGAGAUAAUGGUGCAAGAGGCCGUCAUUGAGACCCUCUGGGCAGUGUUGCGUGAUUCACAGAAUCGUCCUUGGAUUACAAACGAGCAGCAGGCCAUGCACGUGGCCGCAACUCAGGCUGUCCAUGGUUUCCUCUCCCGCAUGCAAGAAAGGCUUCGUUCCACUGGUUUCACUGAGGAGGAAAUAACCAAAAUGCUCCCUCAAUCCAAGACAUGCGCUAAAGAGGGUCCCACCGGCAUGUUUGAUACUUGCCCCGAGCGCAACCUGGGCAGGAAGGGCUCUGGUGGCUAUGGAUACGGUUAUGCCUACCCCGCGUACGUUGGCACCGCCUACCCCGCGUACUACAGCCGCGCGUAUCCUGCCUACUAUGGGUACUCCCACCCAUAUGCCUAUGACUGGGGCUACCCAUUACACGGCGCUGUUUGGGGGCCCUCUUACGCUUACGGAUGGAGGUCUCCCUAUUACGCGAGAUCAUAUGGCUGGCUCCGCCGCCUAGGCGAGAAUACAACUCCUGAAUCUUCGAUGCCUCCCAUGGGACCCCCGAUGACUCCCGAGAUGGGCGCUCCCAUGACCCCUGAGGAAGCCGGCAUUUCUCCCAUGAAUACUAAACCAGAAAUGUCUCCCAUGAGCACCGCUGAGGCGAUGACAGGACGGUCCCUGUACCACAACUGGGGCCACGGCUACGGUUAUGGCUACUGGGGCCCCCACUACCAUGGUUGGUACGGAAGCAGCUACCCAUACUACGGCCACCGAUACAGUCCCUGGGCAUGGGGUUCCCCCUACUUCUGGCGUCGUCUGGAAGUUCCUGACCUCUCCCCUGCAAAAACUUACUCUUCGACUGGUCCAUCUCCAAAAAUCACUGAGAACACCCAGUCCAACAGCUCCACUGGCACCACCACCUUUCGACGCGUAGGAGAGACCCGCAUGCCCCAAGGCCAAAACACGUACUACAUGCAGACCAGCGGGACUCCCGUGUACACCGAGACAACUGGUAUGGACACCACCCCAACCGGCUGGGAAACGACCUACAACUAA